GCAGUCCGGUGUGACAUAGUCUAGAGCUUCGCUACUCUGUACGAAGCAUCGUUUUGUUUUUCACAGCGAUAUAAUUUGUGUGGAUGCUGAUGCUGUUGUGUACUUUUAAAAUAAUAUUUGGAGAGCAGCCGAAUUGCUGGAUCAUGUUGUCAUGUACUUUGAAAUUUUGAGAUUUCCGUUUUGCUCUCCAUUUAAAGGCAUUUUUUUCCAGAUUCAUCACUAAUUUAUUCCCGCGAUGUUACGUAUUGAGCUGGUGGUGUAUUAUGGGGUGUAAGAUUUCGGAACGCAAUACUGUAGCGACCCGCGUUACCGUAAGUUCGAGCGGGGAAUGCGUUUGUUGUAAAUAGUUGCAUUAUGGGAAAAGUCGCUAAAGUAGGUGUGCAACCACUGGGGGGAUUUCUGGGGAAAAUGAUGGGGAGACCGUGUUUGGGCUGGGAAGAAAGUCUGAAAGCGCUAAGUAGGGGGGGAGUGCUGGGUUGUAAUGCUGGAGGAACCGGGGUCGUCGGACCUAGAGAGUUAUUUCUGUGGGACCAGGACCACACUUCGCCAUGAAGAGAGCUCUCUUGGCUUCCAGCUUGCUGCCCCUGGUCAUGAGAGGCUUCCAGACAAAAUCCUUCCUCACCCUCAACUCUUUCUCGCUAGUUCCUGCUGCCUUCUCAGUCUCCCGACAGCACUCCUCUGACACCAAGGUGCGCUCCUACCUGCAUUAUCUGAAGCGGAAGAUUAGGCCCCCAUCAUCCCCACCCUACAGCCACGUGUGCCAGGUAGGGGAUCCGGUGCUGCGUGGGCGGGCCGAAGCGGUAGACCCUGGAGCGGUGCAGGGGCCCGAGGUGCAGAAGGUGAUUGGGACACUAGUGAAGGUGAUGCGGCGGCUGGAGUGUGUGGGCUUAAGUGCACCGCAGAUUGGUGUCCCACUUCGCAUCCUGGUCCUGGAGUUCCCAGAGAAAGCCCUGCAGGAUGUGUCCCCCGCUGCCCGAGAUGCCCGUGGCUUGACGCCUGUGGAGCUCCAUGUGUUUGUCAAUCCACAGCUGCGUGUCCUUGAUGCCAGGACGGCCUCCUUCAUGGAGGCUUGUGAGAGCAUCGCUGGGUUCUCUGCCUGCGUAGCGCGGCAUAUCUCCGUGGAAGUAUCAGGACUGAACGAGAAAGCCGAGCCAGUUACCUGGCAGGUGAGUGGCUGGCCAGCCCGCAUCUUGCAGCAUGAGAUGGAUCACCUGGAUGGUGUCCUGUACAUUGAUCGCAUGGACAGCCGUACCUUCACCAACAUACACUGGGCAGAGUACAAUGAUUGAUGGGGGACUGACGGGCACUGGUGUGCACUGGCCAGUGUACACGUCAUACAGGUGCUUGUCACUAAUCUACACCGGACAAGGUGUAGCCAAGUAACAGAGAACUGGCUGCCAGUGCUCCAGGCUGAGCAAAGAAUAGGUAACUCAAGUAUUGGCAGAGUGUAAACAAGUUAACCAAACAGAAAUAAAGUGUCAAAGAUCCAAUUUGCUGAUGUAUGGUGGGCAGUAUAUGUGAGUUAGCAGUACUGCAGAAUUAUUUACGAUAUUUGCCAUGGACUGUUAAACUGUAUUUUUGUGUUGACCGAUCUCCUACGGAUCUCAAUUGUUCAAUAAAGCUCUAAUUUGUAAUAACUUCUGAAGGAAUCCUCAAACUUAUUUUCACAACAAAACCAGUGCACAGGUGAAAUGUUGGUUAGAUGUGUAUCACACAUAGCGUGGAUAUUUUUAUAUCUAGAAAACCCAAAAUGAACUUGGUAAAUAAAUUUCCUCUCCUGUAGUCUCUGCUCUGUCUUGCAAGAGAACUGAUCUGAUUUUAUCUGAUUUCGCAUGCCACAUCUCACGAAACAAUUCUAUUUAUGUGUUACUAAUGAAAUUUCCUUACUAAACCAGCACAAAACACGGUUUCCACAAAAGCACGUUCUCGUGCACAAGUAUAAUUUA